GAUUUAUAAUAGAAGUGAACUACUUAAAGAACUCAACUAUUUUGGAAAUUUCAUGAAAAGAACUAGUUUUAGUGAAAAUCAAGAUCUUAAAAGACCAAAGUUAGAAGAAGAAGAUUCUAUGAUGACAGAUCAAGAACAAACAGAAAAGAAAGAACAAUUUUUCGCCCCAGUUGGUGAAGCUGCUCAAGAUAUUGACAAUGAGAACUCAAAUGAUUUCAAUGAUGAAGGUAUCCGUCAAACUGGUGCUGCAGAUGCCGAAGGACAUCCUGUCCAAGAGAUCAAGUCUCUUUGUAUGAACUGUCAUGAUGAAGGUGUUACAAGAUUAUUGCUUACAAGCAUUCCAUACUUUAGAGAAGUCAUUAUUGUUUCAUUUGAAUGUGAACAUUGUGGUUUCAAAAACUCUGAAAUUCAACCAGCAUCAAACAUUCAAGAGAAAGGUUCAAAAUACAUACUGAAAAUUGAGUCUAAAGAAGAUUUUAACAGACAAAUUGUUAAAUCUGAAACUGCUUCAAGUAAAUUUGUUGAAUUAGAUAUUGAAAUUCCACCAAAGAGAGGACAAUUGACAAAUAUUGAAGGUUUGUUAUCAGAAAUGAUUGAUGACUUGAAAUCAGACCAACCAGAAAGAAAGAAAAUUGAUGAAGCCACUUACGAAAAAAUCGAACAAUUUAUCAACAAAGUUCAAUCAACCUUAAAUGCCGAAGAAGGCACUUUACCAUUGACUUUCGAAUUAGAUGAUCCAGCUGGUAACUCCUGGAUCGAGUUUAUUCCAAAUGAAGCCUCUCAUAAAUGGUCCCAUGUUGAAUAUAUCAGAUCAGAUGAACAAAAUGUUCAAAUAGGGUUGAUUACCCCAGAUCAAUUACAGGAAAUCCGUUUGAAAAAAGCUGAAGAAUUAGCUGAAAAAGAUCGUAAUCCAACUUCAACUGGAUUCAUUUCAGAUCAAACAGAUAUUGAAAAUUUUGAAAAUGAAGUCCAAACUUUUUCAGCAACUUGUCCAACUUGUUAUGCCCCAUGUGAAACGCAUAUGAAAGUUGUCAAUAUUCCUCAUUUCAAAGAUGUCAUUAUUAUGAGUACUGUUUGUGAUAAAUGUGGUUAUAAAUCAAAUGAAGUUAAAACUGGUGGUGCUAUCCCAGAAAAAGGUCGUCGUAUUAUUUUGAAAGUUGAUGAUCCAGAAGAUUUAGCCAGAGAUAUUUUGAAAUCAGAGACAUGUGGCUUAAGCAUACCAGAAUUGAACUUGGAAUUGAAUCCAGGUACUCUUGGUGGUCGUUUCACAACCAUUGAAGGUUUAUUGACUCAAGUUUAUGAAGAAUUACAUAGCAGAGUUUUCACUCAAACUUCUGAUUCUAUGGAUGAAGAAAGUAAAACUCGUUGGAGUGGAUUUUUUGAAAACUUACAAUCUGCUAUUGAUGGUAAGAAAAAAUUCACUGUCAAAAUGGAAGAUCCUCUAGCUGGUUCAUACAUUCAAAAUGUUUAUGCUCCAGAUGAUGAUCCAAAUAUGACAUUUGAAGAUUUCGAAAGAACUUUCCAACAAAAUGAAGACCUAGGUUUAAACGAUAUGGACGCUUAG